GUUUUAAGUAACACCAUGAAUAAAAUUGACGAUAUGAAUAAGAAAAUGGCCAGCACUGACAAAGAUGAUAUAGAGGAUGCAGAAGAGACAGUUGACACAGAGGCAGAGGCAGAGGAUAAUACAGCUGAAGAAGAAACCAAAGAGCCUGAGCCAGUGGAAAGGGAAUACAGUCAUCCAGUUUAUAAACAAAUAGCAUCCCUUAAUGGGAAGAUCAACAACUACUCAAAAGCAGAGCUCAUUAAAAACUUAAAGAUGUUGAAACUUGACACUGAUGGAAGCAGAAGUGUGUUGGCUAAAAGACUGAAAACCUUUUACAAGAAAACUAUGUUGAGUGUUAGUGGGAUUCAAGAAAAGAAUGGAAAUUCUAAAAUCAGAAUCUUGUUUGAUUUCUAUGUGAUUAUUGACUAUGAAGCCACAUGUGAACUACUGAAACAUUCAAAUUUUAAACAGGAAAUAAUUGAAUUUCCUGCUGUUUUGCUAAACUGUCAGAAAGGGGAGGUGGAAGAUGAAUUCCGGUCCUACUGUCGGCCAGUUCUUAAUCCUUUACUGACUGAAUUUUGUACCGAACUUACAGGAAUCACCCAGGAUGAUGUUGACAAGGCUCCAUUAUUUCAUGAAGUUUUGACCUCUUUUGAGGAAUGGCUACAAAAAAAGAAGCUUGGCUCAAAAUAUUCAUUUGCGAUUGUGACCGAUGGACCAUGGGACAUUGGCUACUUUCUCAAGAACCAAUGUGCGCUUUCGAAGAUUGAAUUUCCUACGUACUGCAAGUACUGGAUCAACAUUCGGAAAACUUUUGCUAAUUUCUACAAUACAGGGAAAAUGUCCCUUAGUACAAUGAUUCAGCUAAUCGGGCGUGAGUUCCAAGGAAGAGCCCACUCGGGAUUGGAUGAUGCGCGAAAUAUUGCGUUCAUUGUUCAACGCCUCUUGAAAGACGGUGCUCGAGUAAUAUUCAAUGAAAAGUUGGCCGAAGGGAACGCUAGGCGAAGAGAAGAUGGCAAUCCUUAUUUUUCCGUUCCAGUGCAUAACACAGAGUUUAAAGCAAUUCAGGGAAAAUUUAAACCUAAUUUUCCUCAAAAGAAAUCGGCGGUAAUCUAGUAUUCUGGAUUGAAGAAUCAAAUAAGGUUGAAAAUUAUGUUGUUGGAUACCCGUUUUAAUUGUAAUAAGCAAACGAUACACGAAAAACUUCUGGAUUUAAAGAGGAA